AUGAAUUAUUUCAUCGUCAAGGGCCACAAGGAACUGGCAGAGAGCAUGGCCCGGGAAUCAGGGACAGCACCUCCCGUGGAUCUUCAAUCGAUCGAGGUACGCAUGCGCAUCCGAAAGGCAUUGAUGGAAGGAGAUGUGGAUGCGGCCAUAGCACACAUAAUGGAAAGUGACCCGAUGCUGUUGAAAAAAGACCAAGAUCUACAUUUUGCUCUUCAUGUGCAAAAAUUGGCGGAGAUGCUGAGGUGUCGCCUCACUCCGCCGGAGGAAAAGAAGGAGGACGACACGACGGGAAGCGAGACGACGGAGAGCAAAAUUUUGGCCUUUGCGAGGAAAGAGCUGACCUUGGGAGAGGACACGGGUACGCAAGGGGAGAAGGACGGGAGGAGCCAGAGUUUGAAAGUGGUGGAGGAGGCAAUGACCCUGAUGGUCCUCGGUCCUACGGCCGCCGCAGCCAAAGCGACCAGGCAAGGAGGCGGUCGUGGAGUAGCGAACGGAUGUAAGGAGCGCUAUGGUUUGCUUGAUUUCUCCCGCCGGGCCGCGACGGCGGAUCGAGUGAACGCGUCCAUUUUGCGUAGUCAAGGACACGACCCACAGCCAGUGCUGCAGAGCAUUUGCAAACGCUUGCGGGCAACGGAGGCAGAGCUGGCGAAAGAAAUGAUGCUGUGA